GUCUUCUGUACGAGUAUAUAGCACUUCGUAGUUGAAACACGUUAAAAUAUAUCCGUCCUUUAUUUUUGUUGCUAUUUUUCUCCAUUCGAUCGUUAGUUAGUUUCAUUCGACGUUUUUACAAGUAGGAAGGUGCAAAGGGGUAUAUAUAUAUAUAAAACAUCAUAGACGACAGUACAUAGUAGACGCGAAAAUGUUUCGCGUAGUUUGCUUUUGUUUCCUUUUACUCGCUACUGGUCUCGUCCAUGGCGAGAUCAAAAAUAAAGGAUGGUGGAAAAACGCCGUAUUCUAUCAAAUCUAUCCACGGAGUUUUAUGGAUUCGAAUGACGAUGGAGUUGGUGAUCUAAAAGGUAUUACAUCGAAAUUGGAACAUUUCGUUGACGCUGGAGUUCAAGGAAUAUGGCUUUCACCUAUUUAUGCGAGUCCAAUGGUUGAUUUUGGUUAUGAUAUAUCAGAUUUCAAAGCUAUACAUCCAGAGUUUGGUACAAUGAAGGAUUUCGAAGCAUUGGUAGAAAAAUCGAAACGACUUGGAAUAAAAGUAAUUCUCGAUCUCGUACCAAAUCAUACAUCCGACAAGCACGAGUGGUUCCAAAAGUACCUUGCAGGGGAGAAAAAAUAUAAAGAUUAUUAUAUUUGGAGAAAAGGAAGAAAGGAUGAUGGAGUUACACCACCGAAUAAUUGGAUAAGCCUGUUCAGUGGUCCUGCGUGGACUUACAAUGCAACGUUGAAGGAAUGGUAUUUCCAUCAAUUCGAGUACAGACAACCAGACUUAAAUUACAGUAAUCCAGAAGUGCGAGCUGAAAUGGAAGACGUCAUUCGAUUCUGGUUACGUAAAGGCAUAGAUGGUUUUCGAAUAGAUGCCGUUCCUCAUCUCUUCGAAAGAGAAGAUCUCCGUGAUGAACCCAGAAGUUCUGAUUUAAGUGCUACCAAUCGUGAUUACACUUAUUUAGACCAUAUUUAUACCAAAGACGAUCCACGAACCUAUGAACUCGUAAAAAGUUGGAGAAAGGUUAUUGAUGAUUAUUCCGAUGCCAAUAACGAGGAUGAGAAGGUGGUGAUGACCGAAGCUUACACUUCUCUAGAAAAUACUACGAAAUAUUAUCAUUACGGCUCUCACAUACCAUUCAAUUUCAAACUGAUCACCGAUGUGAAUCAUAAUUCGACUGCGUCAGAUUUUAAGAAUAUCAUCGAGGCAUGGAUGGCACAAACUCCAAGCACUGGAAGUGCCAAUUGGGUGUUGGGAAAUCAUGAUCGAAGUCGUACCCCGUCACGUUAUCCAAAAAGAGAAUUUCAAAUGGCUAUGCUACCAAUGAUCUUGCCUGGUGUUGCCGUUACUUAUUACGGAGAAGAAAUUGGAAUGGUUGAUAAGAGUGACAUAUCGUGGGAGGAUACACAGGAUCCGCAAGCUUGUAAUGCCGGAAAGGAAAAAUAUCAAAGUCGAUCUCGUGAUCCAUAUCGCACACCUUUCCAAUGGGACAGUAGUAAAAAUGCCGGAUUCAGUAACGGUAAUCGAACGUGGCUUCCUAUUCAUGAAAAUUAUAAAGUAUUGAAUUUGGAAAAUCAAAAAAAUGCGACACGGCAGUCACUUUAUAAGGCAUAUCGAUCGUUGAUUCAAUUGCGCAAAACAUCACGUGCACUAAAGGAAGGAGUAUUGAAAACAAUGGUAGUGGAAUUCAACAUAGGUUAUUGUAAAAAUUGCGAAAUGUUAAUUAUCAGCCGAGAAGCUCUUGGAGAGACAGUGACUUUGUUUAUGAGUUUCUCUCCAGUGAUAACUCUUGGGGUAAAUUUGAAAGAACACAUGACACUUUACAAAAAUACGUUUGUCGAAGUCGAUGCGUAUGAAACCACGAGAUAUAAGCCGUCUUACAUGUAUAUAUUCCUUCCACCUUGGCAGGGAGUGGUUGUAUCAUCUAGCAAUUAGAUUCGGAAUCGACAAAUUGCAAUAGGAUUUGGAAAUGUAAUGGAAGAGCAUAAAUAUUCUUAAAUUUCAAUGAGGGAAUUUUAUGUAAUAUUCUUUUGACUAUAUAA